UGUUAGACUUUAGAUGUGGACUGUCGUGAUGCCUCCUGCUGCCCUAACUGAGCGUGGACUGUGGACUGACCUUGGGCAAGUUGGACCCCGGCCCCCGAGGAAAAAAUUCCUGACGAUAUCACAAUGUCAGCAAGUCCCUAGAACAAAUUCAUUAUACCGGAAGAAGUAUCAGAGAGGAGCCCCGAAUUACAGUAUAUACUUGACCAACACUGGAGCAGGUUCCAAUACAUUCAGGAGCCAGUUCAUGCCCAGUACUUCCCAACAGUGCAUAACAGAGACGUGACUGACUGCCCAAGCAUCAAACAAGCCGAUCAGUGUCGAAGAGGAUAAAGAUAUUGGGUUACUAAGAUGUCUGGGCCUGGAGUAGUUAGCAGCUUCCAGAAGAAAGGGAAAACGAAAGUGGUUUCCAUCCCAGGAACUCGUCCAUCCAUCCACAACUCGCAACUGCUGCUGUCAUGUGGAAUACCUUCACUGGAUUACCUCAUUGGGGGUGGCCUUCCUGUUGGCUCAAUCAUCCUCAUAGAACAAGACAGAUAUGAUGUAUACAGCAAGCUGUUUCUAAAGUAUUUUCUUGCUGAAGGGGUCAUGAAUAAUCACAUGCUUACACUGGCCAGUCUGGAUGUUCCUCCUCAGGCAAUUACCAGUGACCUGCCCGCCCCCACAGACACAGAACCUGAAGAAGUGUCAGCUGCCAGCAAGCAGAUGACUAUUGCCUGGAGGUACCAAAGUAAAACAUCUCAACCUAAAACCUCUGUUGGCAAUAGAUUUGGACAUAAUUAUGACCUGACAAAGUCAAUGGGUACAGAACUCACUUCUAACAUUGACAUGGCACUUUGGGAUGGCUCAGAAUUAGAGGAGGGGAGGGGUAUGUUGAAAAAUAAAAAUUACUGGUCAUUGCUACAAGUGAUCAAAAAAAGAAUAGAAUCAAGUAAUCUCGCAACUUCAAGUAACAAAGCCAAGACAAAUGUUUUACGCUUGGGUCUACACUCAGUGGGCUCUCCACUGUGGGGGUCGGAGUUUGGUUACCAGGAAAAAGAUCAUAAGUGGCAGAGCUUAACCACAUUCUUAUUCAUGCUGAGAGCGCUGGUCCGUACCUCCUUCUCUGUGUGUAUGGUCACAGUCCCUGCCCACCUCUUCACUGAUCCUGCCCUCUUACUUCGACUACAAGCACUGGCUGAUUUUGUUGUUAGGUUGGAAUCAUUUCAAGGCUCAGAAAAGGAAACUAAUCCAGUGUUCAAGGAUUACCAUGGACUUUUUCACAUCGUCAAGUUAGCUGCCAUUAACAGCCUAGUUCCACCAAUCUUAGACUCUACAGACUGGGUGUUUAAACUUAAAAGACGCAAGUUGACAAUUGAGCGCUUGCACUUGCCACCAGAGUUAUCUGAGACAGUUAACAGAAACCAAGAAGAUCCUCUCAAUAAACCUAUAGGUCUUUCCUGUAUUGGGGGAAAUCUCCCAAAGAAUCUUGACUUCUAGUGUUAUUACAAAUAAAUUGAAUUUAUCAUAA